AUGUUCAAAUACAUGCUGUUCGCCGCUCUUUUGGCCUUUGCUGCCGCCAAGCCUCUAGUGUAUGAGUACCCGGUGGCUGCGUACACAGCACCAGUGGCCGCGGCGUACACUGCACCCGUCGCCUACUCAGCGUACUCUGCGUACACUGCGCCAGUAGCCUACUCUGCAUACACAUACGCCUCGCCCUACACUUAUUACGUCCGC